CCGCCCAUUCAUAAAUGUCACACAUAAAUCUGCUCGCAAAAAAGAUUUGAGUGUAAAGUGGCACAGCAAGAAUUGUAUCUAGUUAGAGGAGAGAUAACAGAUCAUACAUGUAACUAAUAACCAAAUUGAUUCAUAGAUUCAUUAAUCAAAAAAUGUUUACUGGUAAUUCUCAGGGGGUCUGAUCUUUCAGAACAAAAAUAUGAUUCAACUGCAAUAAAAGAUACAACUUCAGAUAUCGAGUCUAACUACUUUAGGUGGAAUUUACCUAACACAAAAUGGCAUCCGCAUCGGAACUCAGGAUUGGGAUAUUUGGAAAAAGCGAGAAUGAAAAGAAUACCCUAACUAACUUACUCACUGGAAAACAAGAUUGUUCUCAUCCAAGAAUGCUUAAGCAAUGUGCACAUUUGCACCCAAAUCCAUUUACAGUAUUUAAAACAUCAGACGUCUUCAGUUUGCCUGUGCACACAGUGAAAGACGAGAUAAAGAGGUGUGUGGCUCAGUGCCUUCCUGGACCAAAUGUUCUGCUGCUGGUAGUAAAUUCUUCUAAUUUCAAUGAAGAGGACAGAAAAAAAAUUAAGUCAAUCAUGAGCUUUCUUGGAGAAGAUGCUUUUAAAUCCUCAAUUGUCAUCAUACCACAACAUGAGAGGGUUGUGAAUUCCACAGUUUAUCAACUCAUCCAAGACUGCAGACAAAGUUACCAUAGAAUGAACUUUGAUGAACAAGAUUUUCCUGACAAGGAUUUUCAAGAGUUGAUUACGAAAAUGCAGAACAUAGUGGAUGAAAACACGGGACGGUAUUUGACCUUCACAGAAGAGACUGAUUGCAAGGGUGGACCUGAAUAUGCAAAACCUACUCUUACAAGACGUGUAUCAGAUGCUUCUCAAUAUCAGAAUAAAGGAUUUCAAAGGAUGGUGCCGGGUACAGCAUCUCUUAGGUUGCCAAAAAAAGAGCCUCCCCAGAUAGUGCUAAGAAGAAAUUCUCUCAUUAGAGAGUCUCCACUGAUGGCGCAGAGUAGAGAGUGUCUCAGAAUGGUGCUGAUUGGAAAGACUGGUAGUGGAAAGAGUGCCACUGGAAACACCAUUUUGGGAAAAAAAUGCUUCAUAUCUAAAUGCAGCUUAAAGUCAGUGACCGAGUUUUGCUCGACAGAAACAGGAGAAAUUGAUGGCCAGCCUAUUGUCAUAGUAGACACCCCUGGCUUGUUUGACACGACUCUGACCAAUGAUGAAGUUCAACAUGAGCUUGUGAAAUGUGUCACCUUGUUGGCUCCAGGGCCUCAUGUGAUAUUACUGGUGCUGACAAUCGGUCGCUUUACACAAGAAGAAGAAAAAACUGUGGAACUGAUCAGGGACUUUUUUGGCAAGAAGUCAGAAGACUUCAUCAUUGUCGUUUUCACAAGAGGAGAUGAUCUUGAAGACCAAACAAUUGAGAGUUACAUAGACAAAGACACUGAGGGUUCCUUAAAAAAACUGAUAACUCAAUGUGGAGGAAGAUACCAUGUCAUCAAUAACUAUGAUCAGGAGAAUCGCUUUCAAGUCAGCCAGCUGCUGAUCAAGGUUAAAGCAAUGGUGAAGGAAAAUGGCGGUCGCUACUACACCUCAAUUUGGUUUCAAGGAGCUGAGGCAGCCAUACAAAAAGAAAAAGAUCACAUGAUGGUGAAGGAACAAGAAAUUCAGCAGAAACAGAGUGAUCUGGAAAGAAUACUUCAUGAAGAAAUGCAAAAGAUAGAAAGAAAAUUGGCAGAGCUAACAGCUAAACUUGAUCAAGGCAGAGAAAAGGGAACCAACGAAAAGGAAGAAUACAACAAGACUCAGCAAGAGGAGGAGAGGAAGAUAAUAAGAAAAAAGAGACAAGAGGAGGAAAAAAACAAGAGAAGGGAAGAUGAAUUCCAACGACAAGAGUGGGAAAAAAAACUUGAUGAAAUAAAAAGGAAACACGAAGAGGAGAUCAGAAAGCAAGUUGCAGAAUGCCAUGAGUUCAGACAAAAGUAUACAGAGGAUGUUUUAGCUGAGAUGGAAAAGAAUAGAAAGGAGUUGGAGGCUCUGAAGCAGAGGCAACAAAACCAAAAUGCCUCUGUGAUAAAACACUUGUGCAGACACAAAGUAUAUGAGAAAGACUUUAACAAAUUGAAGAAACACCAAGAACAAGAAAUGAAUGGGCUGAAAUUGACACUUUUUAACCUUGAAAAACAAACUCAGAGCAAAGAAAUCCGUGAGCUACAGACAAUACAUGAGGGGGAAAUACAGAGGUGGAUACAGGAACAUGUGAAGAAAGCCAGCAAAAACAAGGCUUGUCACAUUUUAUGAGAUGUUUUGUUCUCACAGUGGCAGUUUCACCCACAAAACUGUGAGCUUUUGUUUGAACACUUUAGAUAUUUUGUGAGAUUUUUCUCAUGUUGACUGGUGUAUAUAGUUAGCGUAUAUAGUUCUUAAGGUAACAUUAGUAUAUUUAAACAAUGUCUGACAUUUAAAUAACAAUAUGAUUUUGUUGUAUAGUUGUUUCAGUGCAAAUGUCUGUGCAUAUAUAUUUAUAGUAGGCAGUGCAUUCUAGCACAUCACUUGUUUAACUUAUGUUUACUUUAAAAGCUGAUUAAGUGUAAAUGUAUGCAUGUUCAUUAGCUGUAAAGUUAAGUGUAUCUGGGUAACAGACUGCAUGUUAGUAAACUAGUCAUAUCAGCUGCAGCCUUGACUUUUUUCAAGUUAACAAUUAACAAACUAUUUUACUUUAAGACAGGUAUCAGAUAUUACAGCAAAUGCUGAAUAAACUAGUAAAACCUGAUAAAUAAAUGAAUGUGGAAAAGACAAUUACAUGUGAUUUUGUUUUUAAAGAAGUGUAUAUAAGAGAUGAAUAAACUGUUUAAAUGCU